AUGGUUCACAGCGUGUGGACCCUGGUCCUGGUGGCCUGGGCAGCCGUGGCCUUCGAGGGAAGCCUGACCAACGGGGUGCGGAAGCGGAUGCCCGUGGGUAGCGGACAAGACAUGGCCCCACUGUUGCGCGACUACUCCGAUGCCCUGGGUUUCUUCAAACCCGAAGGCCGGUGCCUCGUGCGUCUGCUGGCCGCCUCGCUUGGCUACGGCGUCGUCCUCUACCAACUCACCGUUCCUUACGCGGCGUCAACCCGAAGACAGAAGAAUUCAACCGAACAUGCGUCGUUCGGGCCUCGCUACAGCUAGACGCAGCUACCAGGGCCCUACUGACGUUCUUCUCGUCUGUGGGCGAUGAAAGCAAGGCACCGCGAUGCCAUA